UGUACCUAUUAACUUUUUGCGACAUUCAUACGGAAAAGAAAUAUAAAGUGGUCCUAUACUAGAGUUCCAGGAACCAUACGACACUCAUGACAUAAUAAUUGCGUGCAAAUGGAACCACUUAGCAUUUUUCUAUGUAAGUCACUGGUAUACUAGCCCAAUUAUCAUGCGCAUGCGUUCUUCCCCCUUCGAUGUCAUCUCCAACCAUGACGAAGUAAAAGUGCUCUUACGUAAAUCAUUUGACAAUACUGUUUCCCCAUACGAUUGUUUUGGACCAAGCUUCGGAACGCCCUGUAUAUAUCAUGAAUGUUGUGUAGAAGAUGCCCAGUGGUAUACGAGAAUUUCUGAAGAUGAGUAACAAAGUGGAGGGAGUUUGUGUCCUAUUUUUGUUGGUGUCGGGGUUGGGAGUCAGAGCUGAUUAUGGAAAUGAUGGUUUUGAUUUCAGAGGCUUCAUGCCUAGCGCUGGGUACAGGACGGAAGACCAGCUAGCUGAGCCCUCGGCCAGGGUGGACAAGACCAGAGAGGAGCCUGAGAGGACGCAGAGGUUUGGGAUAUCCUCUUUCGGUAGCACAGGAAGUGGUGUUCAGGGUGGGUAUGGUGGAUCAGCUCCAGGUCUUUAUGGACCAGUGAAGAUUGACCUUGGCGGUGUUCUAAUUGGUACCAUCCUUGGGUUCGGAGCAGUCAUCGUGUUGCCCAAAAUUAUACACGCUCUGUCUUAUGGCUACGGCGGGGGGUAUGGGAGAAGCUUGGAAACCGACGUGAGCCAAAUAUCCAACAUGCUGAAUAAGCUGGAUGAGACUCUAAGCAAGUACAAUAUAGACUCCUCCGCGUGCAUGCAGCGGCUGACCUGCUCCUACGUGCAGCUCGCCAACGAAAACAUGAUCACAGGGAAUGCUACAGAUUUUGAUGCUCUUCUUUCGUCGAUGUCAAGCAAUUCCUUGAUUCGACGCAUGCUGGACGGAACUACGAUUUAUGAAGCAAUAUCUGCAGGAAGAUCCAUGGAUACGGAUUGUCAAGUAGUCUAUCCCAAAUGCAAGCUAGAUAAAAAAACUGUCGUCAAAAUGCUGACUCAGCUUUUACCUUCUUAAUAAUAAAUUUAUUUUGUAAUUACUACUCUACUGAUGUUCAAAAAUUAACUUUAAUAAAAAUCAAUUUAAAAACAUUAAAUUGUGUUUUUUAUAGUCUUUAA